CCUUCACCCACGAGGACAACAUGUCUAAGGCCAAAAUCAAAGACCUGCUUAUCGACUCCCACGUCUCAGAGUCCCAAUCCCAAAAAGCAGUCGACGCACUACACGACUGGGCCUCCAAAAAAGCCUCAAAAGAUGCAGAAAAGCAACUUUUACCUGGCAAGGAACCAACCAUUUGGUUAUGCGUAGCAUUGAAGCAAUCUCCGUCUGGGAUGACUUUCAAACCGGUUAGAAUACCGAUUGUACACCCUCUAGUAGAUCCUCGAACGAACGGUGUUUGUCUACUUACGAAGGAUCCCCAAAGAAAAUACAAAGAUCUCUUGGAGAGUCACGAUAUCAACUUUAUCUCACGAGUUGUUGGUCUAGGAAAGCUCAAGGGAAAAUUCAAACCAUUCGAAGCCAGGCGAGCGUUACUCAAAGAAAACGGUUUAUUCCUCGCCGACCAGUCUAUUCUUCCUUUACUACCAAAACUACUCGGCGUAAAGUGGUUUGAAGCAAAAAAACAGCCGAUACCUGUUUGCAUGACGCGUAAAGACCUAAAAGCCGAACUGGAACGAGCCAUCUCUUCCACUCACAUGAACCAGAACAAAGGAACAGCUAUCUCGAUAAAAAUUGGAACCCUUUCACAAAAACCUUCACAAAUUCUCGCCAACCUCAAAUCGGCAAUCCCUGCAGUUGCCAGUCAUAUAAAAGGUGGAGCUGGAGGAUGGGAGAAUAUUCAAAGCCUUGGAAUCAAGACGAACAAUAGUGCACAUUUACCGAUAUGGAGCUGUGCUUUGGAUGGUAGUGAAGGUGGGAGGUGGGCUGGGUUAACCGCUCCGGAGGAAGAUGACGAAGACGUUGAAAUGGAAGACGGCGAGGAAGGGAGCGCGGAAGAGGAAGAGGAAGAGGAAAAUGAAAAUGAAAAUGAAGCAGAACCGGUCCUUCCAGAAAAGUCGACGAAGAAGGCAGCUGCAAAAGGGACGAAGAAAAGGGGCGUUGAAGACGAUGACGAUGAUACUCAGGAGACCGCAAAACCGAAGAAGAAGGCAAAGUCCCAGUCUUUUCCUACGGAGGAUGCAUCAGUCCAAUCUGGAAAACGGAAACCAGCUGAACCUGAAGUUGUCACCAGUACACUGGUCUCGACAGGCGAAAAAAAGUCGAAGAAGAAGAACAGAAGAUCAGACAGUGGUGAUGUCAGCGCUUCGGUUGAUGUUUCCCCAGCCACUCCCACACCCACGCCUUCCAAACCCCAUUCUUCCGCUGCAGAAAUUAUGACGCCCGCUCAGACAAAGAAAGCCAGAAAAAGAGCUGCUGGUAGUGAAACAAAGCCGGUCGCAGACCCUUCACCUAGUGCACCUCCCACUACUCCGGCCCCUACACCUGUCGUUGCAUUUAAGACUGAGAAAAAGAAGAAGAAGGACCGAAAAUCUCUUUCUGCUGGGGAUGCACCUCCGCCUGCACCUGCGGAGCCGGUGAUUGUUACGGCUCCAGCUGCCGAUGAGCUUGUAUCGACUUCGGCUUCGACGAAACAGAGUAAGAAGGAAAAGAGAAAGUCGAGUUCCAACACUGAGAAGGCAGAUGUCGAACCUGUAGCCGAGGCGAAGGAUUCGGCUGUUGAAGAGAAGGGAGAAAAGAAAAAGCAGAAGAAGGUGAAGAAAUCAGGGGCGUCUUCCGGUGAGGAGGUUAAGAUGGUGGAAACAUCGGUAGAAAAGGCGGCUCUUCCUACGCUCAGCAAGAAGGAAAUCAAACAAAAGAAGGCAGCGGGAGGAGUGGGCGAGAAGAAGAAGGAAAAGGUGAUCAAGUCCAAGGGAGGGAAAUCUGCGAAGGAUGCUCUUCUGGGAAAGAAAGCUGGGCAGUAG